AUGCCGGCUGCUGCUGCAGCAUCCACCCCGAUUUCGGCUGUCGCUGCUGUGCUCAUGCAGUGUUCCCACAUGCGUGAGCAAGCGACGCAGCUAUGUGCAGCUCGGCCGUCACCAUCAUCACCAUCAUCGCCAUCGACUGCACAGCCGCCAUCACACUCCGGCCGACACCAGCUCCAAUCUGGCGUGAGGAACACAUUGCACAUGUCACUCGCUCUCAUGAAGAGCGUUGAGGAGGCGCAUGAAGCGGUGGAACCAGCGACGAUGACGAUGAUGACGAGUGAUGGAGCAGCAGCAACAACAGCUGAUGUGUGGCUGCAUUUGGAUGAACUGGCCUUCCGUCUCUCGGCCAUCUCCUCCUCCUCGUCCUCGUCGUCGUUGGUCCCCAACAGCAGCGGCUGCGGCUAUGGAUGUGGAGGAUGUGAUGUGCGUCGAUGUGCCGUUGUCUCACAUGACGACGCUGCUGGUGGUGGGCGGUGACCGGUGUCUUCCCAAGCCCUCAUGACACGCACGCACACACAAAUGUGUGAGAAAAGAAGGCACGAGGCGCAUGUGUGCGGGUUUCCCCAACCGAAUCCCCUUCUUCUUUUCCCAACCAAUCGCCUUUGCUCUGUGUCAUCAUCAUCAUCGGCCUUUCCCGUGCGAUGUGGAGCUGAUGAGGCGUGAUCGAGACAGCGGCC